AUGUACUACCGACGCCCCAACAGUCCGUUGCCGUUGUGGAGGAUGAAGAAAGUUAUCGACUGCAUUGUCAUAGUCCUCUUUCACAUAUGCUGUGACGAGGACGGGCACCAGCGGCUUUUGGAGCGAUCAUAUGAUUCUCGCACCUCUACUUCACAGUUGUCCUUGCGCAGCUCUUUUUUUGGUAGAAGAGCAGCAAAACUCUUCGUGGCUGCUCAACAGACCUCCUCCUCCACCAAUGACACACUAAAUUCAACAACAACUCCAAUAAACCAGACCGCAUCAUCAACCCCAGCAGGAGCCUCCGGUAGUUUUUCCUCCUCCGAGCCGCAGUCUUGCGCAGUCACGAGCGUCUUUGACCAGGUGCUGUACAACGGUGAAGCCAUAUGCGAGUCGUGCACAAGAGCUCCCCCACGUCCCCAUCAUUUUUUUGUAGUUGGCAUGAGCAGGAGCAAUACAAAGAUCGCCACAACACGUAGAAGAACGCGCGUAUGAGAAGUUGAUGCUAUGAGCCGACUGUAGUAAGUAUCGUUCUGGUUUCUGGAAUUUGAUGUCACGCAAAGACAGUGGCAAGAGACUAGACACAACAGCUCAACAGCUGGAAGAUCUGGGAUUUUACAUCGCGAAUGUUGGGGGGAGGGAGAGUAAGUAGUUGUGCACUCUGAUAAGUCAUGUUCGAAAUUCUCCAGGGCACAAUCCGGUUUCCUCCGUUGAAAGCGCAGAGAGUCUACUAUGGAGUUCUCAAAUGUUACGUUCUCAACUGUUACAUGAAUUUGUAAUGCAAGACUGGCAAAAGUGAAAGGAGGGAGAUUGCGCCUUUUGCAUUACAAGUUUGGCGCAGAUUUAGAUGCUGUCUAGUCCUCCGGAAAUUUGUCAUGCGAAGCAGCUCGAUCAUCUGCCGGCUUAAAGUACUUUUGCGCGACAAAUUCAUGUAACAGUUGAGAAUGUAACGACUGAGAACUCCAUAUCUACAUUUCCGACUCGGACAGGGAGAAGAACAGUAUCGCCGAACAAACGGUUUUGCCCUACCGGAAUCCUUUGCGACAGCAAAAUAGACGUACUGCAACCCCUGGGGGUGUGCGCAGCGCCACGGUAGUUGAUGUCAUGGAGCCAACCGCCGCAUCUUCAUCCGGAGAAGAAGUGCUUUCAUCCUUGAACCCAGCACCGAACGACCGCGGUAGAACCUCAGCCGCGGAUGAUUUGGCACUGGGGUUUCUGAAC